UACGGGCUUUCGGCCCAACCCUUUUCUACACUAGGACUAGACUGAUCGCCCUCCUCCUGAAGUCUAAACCCUCACUCCCCUUCACCACUGCUCCGGCAGCCGUCGUUCAGCCUUGCCCCUCUCGCCGAACCAAGGAGUACCGGGCGCGGCGGCGGCGGCUGCCUCCCGCAGGGCCAGCAUGGCGUUUCUCUUCAACAAAUUCCAGGAGGCAAUCAAAACACUUGCUAAGAGUCCAAGCUUUGCUCGAGACCCACGGCAUCUUCAGUUUGACGCUGACGUGAAUCGUUUAUUUCUCUAUACCAGCUAUAAUCGUUUGGGAAAGCAUUCUGAAGAAAAGGACGCCGAGGAGAUUAUUGAAUUGGCUAGCAAAGCAUCUGUUACUGACCAGCAGAAACAAGUGCAGCAAAAUGUUCAUUAUCAACUUAAGCAUAUAUGCAAAUCAAUGGAUAGCAUUCUUCGUCCUGAUACAAAAGAUCCAUCACAAUCUCCUUCUGAUGCUUAUAAUAAUUCUCGACGAAGUGGCUUGAGUUUGGCCGUUGGCACAGGAGUUGCAGCUGCAAACAAGCCAGCUGUUCCUGCUACGCGACCUUUAACUCGAACUGAAUUGUCAAACAAAUUCAGGGAUCAGUUUGGCUACACCCUUGACAUCAAGCCGUCACUAAUACCUCACAAAGAUGCAGGGCAAGGUCUGUUCUUAUCUGGAGAAGCUAAUGUUGGUGCUGUCCUAGCCAUCUACCCUGGAGUUAUAUACUCACCUGCGUAUUAUCGAUAUAUCCCUGGAUACCCAAGAAUCGAUGCGUGCAACAGUUAUCUUAUCACAAGAUAUGACGGAACAAUAAUCAACGCGAAACCAUGGCAUUUAGGUGGUGAAACAAGAGAAGUAUGGGAUGGUUCAGAUCCAGUGGAUUACAAUACAACGCCACCCAUAAACCCAGAGAGCAACUCUGACCGGGCAUGGAGGAUGCUUAACAAGCCCCUGCAGAAGAGUGGCAGUGAAAACUUCGGGGAUGUGCUUGAACGGCGAAAUCCACUAGCCUUUGGUCAUUUCGCGAACCAUCCACCGGGAGGAUCGACUCCUAAUGUCAUGAUCUGCCCAUAUGAUUUUCCACUGACAGAGAAGGACAUGAGAGCAUACAUCCCGAACAUUGCAUUUGGUGGUGAAGAGCCGGUUACAAUGAAGAGGUUUGGCUCCUUCUGGUUCAAGUCCAGAGCCCCUGGUAAACAGACCGGGGAGCCACCGGUUCUGAGGACGCUUGUGCUAGUGAGUACGAGGUCCGUAUGUGACGAAGAGCUCUUCCUGAACUACCGGUACAGCAGCUCAAAGGGGCGGCCAGAGUGGUAUACCCCAGUGGAUGAAGAAGAGGAUAAGAGGAGAUGGAGCUAGGUCUGAACAGACCCGCCUGUAAUGUUUUGUUCAAAUGUUUCUGUGGCUCUUUCUUUCAUCAGUCACCGGAUUUAAACAGGGCACUGGUGAACUCCAGAAGCCGAUUCGGCUAUUCUUUCUAGUAUGUUUCAGUCUUCCACCGCAUAGGUAGUGUCUCUGCUGAACUCUUCUCGCAGGUCUUUUGUGGCAAUAAAAAGAACACCAGUUACGUCUCAUUUUCUCUGAGGCAGUAUCUGUAUUAUCCAUCCCGUUGUUGUAAGGGGAUAUUUAUGAGCUUAUCACUCAAUCUGUGUCAGUAGUCCGAUACGUAUUUGCUUUCGGAAUAUUAACAAGCUAUGCCAUAUUGCUAGCGAACUGCUUCUCGUCUAAAUAAAUACUACCUCUGUAACUUAAUAUAAGACGUUUUUUUA